AUGGGAAAUUCAUUAUCGCGGGCGUCCCGUUUAGCGGUUUUAAGAUCGUCUUGCCAAAUCGAAGGCUUCUCUACGACUGUUUCAAUCAAGUUAUUUGAAAUUGAGGGGGACUACAUUCAUCUUCGAGAAGGUGCACAAGAAAUAAUAGCAGCCACAUCAUCUGUUGCUAGAGUUGCUGCAGCGCCAUCUUCGUGUCCAACACUGUUACCUUCUGUGGCAGUCACUCCCAUGGCACAACCCCACCGAUUGAAGGUAAACAUCAGGGCAGGGCAACUGGUGCUGCAUCAAGUCCUAGAAGAUAAAUAUAUCUUGGUGCUUGUUGGGGGAAUGCCAUGA